GAACCUCUCCUCUCCUAUCCUCUCUCUCCCACGGCUGGCGGCUAUAUAAACCCCACACCGCCCGAAUCCAGACCCAGCGCCGCGCACUUACUCCUGAGCCUCCAAGCGCAGGUAGAUAGAUAGAGCAAAGAUCGAUCGAUCGGAACGCCCCACCCAACCGCCAAGUACGCGAGCUAUCUAUCCUCUCCUCGCAAGUGCGAGUGCAACAGCUACCAGAGCGCAUGGUGUCCUUGCAGUCGGCGCUCCUGCCGGACGCCAACAGGCGGCCGCCGUGCCUCUCCUUCGUCGACAACAGCAACGUCGUGGCCUCCACAGCCACCAGCAAGAAGCGGAAGUGGGACGGCGACGACGAGGAAACCGACGGGAUCGAGCUCAAUUUCGACGCCGCGCCGCUCCCCAUCGAGUGGCAGCGCUGCCUCGACAUCAAGUCGGGGCAGAUCCACUACUACAACACGAGGACGCACAAGAGGACGUCCAAGGACCCGAGACGGGUCCCCGCCGCGACGCCCGUGGCGGUGGAGGACGACGACGCCGGGAAUUUCGCGCCGGCGGGGCUAGACCUGGACCUGAACCUGGCAUUCGAGCCGCGGCGCCGCUCGCCCGUCAGGGCGGAGGAGAAGAAGCCCCGGCCGGCCGCCGAUCAUGCGAAGCCACAGGCGGCGGCCGAUCGUGAGGACGCGGCGCUGGCCGGCGCGCAGUUGGGCGGCGUGGAGAUGGUCGCGGCCGUGUGCAUGCGGUGCCACAUGCUGGUGAUGAUGUGCCGGGCGUGCCCGUCCUGCCCCAACUGCAAGUUUCUGCACCCGACGGCAGGCCGGGCUGUGGGAUCCCCUCCCACGCGGGCGCCGGAGCCGGCGCCGCUCAAGCUCGGCCUCCAGCUGCUCUGCUGCAGGGACUAGCUACCCAUCGAUCAAGAACCGGAGCUACCAUUCCAAUAUCCGAUUGAUCGAUCGUCGUCUCGUACGUGCAGCACACCAUUCAAAAAAAAAAAAUGAUGCAGUGCACGAGUGUUACAGUGCACACAUGUACGAUGAUCGUCUGAUCGACCAUGUAGAUGCCUCCUUGUACGUACGUACUUACAUGUGCAAGAAAUAAACAAUGAUAAUAAAUAUCGUUGUUCACAUGCA